AUGCCGUCCCAAAGUCUAUUGAAUGCUUCCCUGUGGGAUGAGGAGUCAGAGGUUGUAUUUCCAUCAUACUGGGGUUCAGAUAAGCCAAAAAUGGAUGUAACUGAAGAUGAUCCUGUGUUAUUGGGAACCUCUGCAGCAGUAUACAGAAACCAGAGUGGUGAGGACUUUUCUUCUCUGCAUAGCCAAGCUCCUGUAAGUUCUCGGGAAGUACGUUCUGUGCCUUCUAAUUCCUCAUGGGCAGCUAAGCAUCCACAAUUUGAUCAUGAGGAGAAGCAUGAUGAAGAAUUUGAGUCCCAUGAUUUUUAUCAUUUGUCACAAUUUCCAUUGUUUUAUGGAGGUAAAAAUCUGAAUACGUCUCCUCCCAGUAUGUCCUCUCCAAUAUCAGUUCCUUCUCUAGGCAAGAGUUCCACCACCUCAGUGAAACCCAUAGAAAACUCUGGGAAAAUAAGGUUAAGGAUCCCUGUUUUUGGAAAGGAUCUCUACCUCUUAUUGAAAAAGGAUAGUCGCUUUUUGUCUCCAGGCUUUGUUGUGGAGGAGAGAAGGCGGGAAUGGCGAGGAUCAACAUCUACAUGGGAUACUGACAGAGAUUGCUACUACAGUGGUACUGUUUUACGCCAUCGUGGAUCCUUUGCAUCCUUUAGCACGUGUGGUGGAUUGAUGGGUGUUGUACAAAUAAAUGAUGACUUCAUAUAUAUCGAGCCAUUAAACCGCACACUGGCUGUAAUAGGUCAUGCACACCGUGUUUACAGGCGUAAAAGGUCUGCAGAAGACAAAACUUCAGGAAAACAAAUGUUCAAUCACCCGUAUUGUGGAGUUACAGAUAAAAAAAGAACUAAACCUUAUAAAGCACCGGAAACUGGCAGAGGAAAGAGGUAUUCCUAUAAACAGUCGCAAGAAUACAACAUAGAAACCGUGGUGGUUGCAGAUCCAGCUAUGGUCUCUUAUCAUGGAUCAGAAGCAACUCGAAAAUUCAUUCUCACAAUCCUAAAUAUGGUUUACAACCUUUUCCAGCAUAAAAGCCUGGGAGUUCAAAUUAAUUUACGGGUUACAAAGCUGGUUCUCCUUCAUGAAACUCCGGUAGACAUGUACAUAGGGCACCAUGGAGAAAAAAUGCUAGAGAGCUUUUGUAAAUGGCAGCUUGAAGAAUUUGGAAAGAAAAAUGAUGUAAACAUGGAGAUGUCUACAAGUUGGGGAGAAGAAUAUUCAGCUGUAGAUGCUGCAGUUCUCAUAACAAGAAUGGAUUUCUGUGUCCAUAAAGAUGAACCAUGUGAUACCGUUGGUAUCGCUUAUUUGAAUGGGAUGUGCAGUGAUAAAAGGAAAUGUAUCAUCGCAGAGGAUAAUGGUCUGAAUCUUGCAUUUACUAUUGCACAUGAGAUGGGUCACAACAUGGGUAUCAAUCAUGACAAUGACCACCCGUCCUGUGCAGAUGGCUUGCACAUUAUGUCAGGAGAAUGGAUCAAGGGACAAAAUCUUGGCGAUGUUUCAUGGUCCAGAUGUAGUCGGGAAGACCUUGAAAGGUUUCUCAGGUCAAAAGCCAGUAACUGUUUGCUGCAGACAAAUCCCCAAAGCCUUAGUUCCAUGAUUAUUCCCUCCAAACUGCCAGGGAUGACGUACACAGCAGAUGAACAAUGUCAAAUUCUUUUUGGACCAACAGCUUUUUUCUGUCAAGAAAUGCAGCAUGUCAUUUGUACAGGACUAUGGUGUAAAUUGGAAAGCGAAAAAGAUUGUAGAACAAAGCUGGAUCCACCUAUGGAUGGUACAGAAUGUGGCAUAGAAAAGUGGUGCAGGGUUGGAGAAUGCACCAAUUUAUCAUCUUCUGCUGAGCAAGUAUCGGGGGAAUGGAGCAGCUGGAGUUCUUGCAGCAGAACCUGCAGCACAGGAAUAAGCAGCCGACAACGUAAAUGUCUCGGCCAAGGACAGGCAGGAAGACAUUGCAGUGAUCCCCAAAUACAGUACCGAAAGUGUGAGAAUGCCAGAUGUCCAAGCGGAGUGCCUGACUACAGAGACUGGCAGUGCCAGGCUUUUAGCUUUCGAUCUUCUUAUCCCAAGCAUAAACUACGAUGGCACGCUGUCAUUAAUGAAGAUAAACCUUGCUCACUUUUCUGUUCUGCUCUUGGAAAGGAUCAUCCAAUUCUUGUGUCGGAAAAAGUACUAGAUGGAACCUCUUGUGGUGAAAAUGGGUUGGAUAUGUGCUCUGACGGGAGAUGCCAGAAAGUUGGCUGCGAUGGCAUAUUGGGAUCUCUGUCGAGAGAAGAUCACUGUGGUGUUUGCAAUGGGAAUGGAAAAUCAUGUAAAGUGAUUAAGGGUGACUUCAACCACACUAAAGGAGCUGGCUAUGUGGAGGCGUUGGUAAUACCUGCAGGUGCCAGAAGAAUUAAGGUUGUGGAAGAAACACCGGCACAUAGUUAUCUUGCACUCAGAGAUGUGGGUAAAAAGUCCAUCAAUGAUGACUGGAAGAUAGAAGACCCUGGAACAUUCCACAUGGCAGGGACAACAGUGCACUAUAUCCGACGAGGUCUCUGGGAAAAGAUUUCCGUGAAAGGUCCUACAAAAUCUCCUUUACAUUUAUUGGUGCUGCUAUUUCAUGACCAGAAUUACGGGCUCCAUUAUGAAUAUACAAUCCCACUCGACCCUGUUCCGGAGAAUCGUAACAAUGCUAAGUCCAAUGAACCUUUGUACAUGUGGACACAUUCUGGGUGGGAAGACUGCAAUGUUGUUUGUGGAGGAGGAGAAAGGAAAACAACAGUCUCCUGUACCAAAAUUAUGAAUAAAAAUUUAACCAUUGUGGAAAACAAUUUUUGCAGGGACUUAACCAGGCCAGAUCCACAAAUAAGAAAAUGCAACGAGCAACCUUGUCAAACGAGAUGGAUGAUGACAGAAUGGACACCGUGUUCCAGAACAUGCGGUAAAGGAGUUCAGAGUAGGCAGACGGCAUGCACACAGCAACUCAGAAAUGGAACACUAAUUACAGUUCGUGAAAGAGACUGUCAGGGAUACAAACCUGCUUCUUCCCAGCGCUGUGAGGGCCAGGACUGUAUGACAGUCUGGGAGGCCGGAGUGUGGUCUGAGUGCUCACUGAAAUGCGGAAAGGGUGUCCGACAUCGAUCUGUGAGGUGCACCAAUCCUCGUAAGAAAUGCCUUUUGUCUACAAGACCUAAAGAAAUGGAAGACUGUGAAGAUUAUUCUAAAUGCUACCUAUGGAGAACUGGAGACUGGUCUAAGUGCUCCGUGACUUGUGGAAAAGGGAUGCAAUCAAGAGUAAUUCAAUGUAUGCACAAGAUUACUGGAAGACAUGGGAAUGAGUGCUUCUCCUCAGAGAAACCAGCAGCCUAUAGACCGUGUCAUUUGCAUGCAUGCAAUGAGAAAAUAAACGUUAAUACCAUAACUUCACCAAGACUCGCUGCUCUAACUUUCAAAUGUCUUCAGGACCAGUGGCCAGUAUAUUGCAAAGUUAUUCGUGAGAAAAACCUUUGUCAAGACAUGCGAUGGUACCAACGCUGCUGUGAAACUUGCAGGGACUUUUAUGCUCAAAAAAUGCAACUCAGGAGUUGACCUCAGUUUUAACAAUUCAGUACCAUGUACCUAUUUAAAGAAAGCAAAACACAGAUUCUAGCAUACUUACUAUAGCCAAAAUAUUUUUCAGAUUACAUAUAAUUUAAUCAAGUUAAUUUAUUUUUGCAUUUCAGCACCAUGAUUGCUUAACACAUUACAUGUUUUUUCUUGUAGCCUACAUUAUAGAAAGUCAGGAGCUUCACAAUGCCUGUGUUUGCAGCCAUGAAAUUCUACUUAAUCUGAUGAUUCAGUCCAUAUCUAUUUAUUUAGCCUGUAAUGCUACUGGCCAGUAAGAUAUGGCUGGAUUAAAUGAAUCAUCACCAAACAGCAUUAUGUGAAAAAAGAUGUAAAU